AUGGCGGAAUUCCUCCGCCAAGGACCAAUUGACUGGACAGCCUGUCGCCGUGAAGAAGAUUAUGAAACCUUUCAGCACGCCGGUUUUGUCCAAGAGAACCUACCUUUAAGUGAUAUCUUCAUCUCCCCACUGGAGGAUAUCUACUUCGUUACCGAACUCUUGGGAACCGACCUCCACCGACUCCUGACAUCCCGGCCGUUAGAGAAGCAGUUUAUCCAAUACUUCUUAUACCAGAUCCUGCGCGGAUUGAAAUAUGUCCACUCUGCAGGUGUCGUCCAUCGGGACCUCAAGCCUAGCAACAUCCUGAUCAACGAAAACUGCGACCUGAAGAUUUGCGAUUUCGGUUUGGCUCGGAUUCAGGAUCCCCAGAUGACCGGUUACGUGUCGACGAGAUAUUACCGUGCACCCGAAAUCAUGCUCACAUGGCAGAAAUAUGAUGUGGAAGUCGAUAUCUGGAGUGCCGCCUGUAUCUUCGCCGAAAUGUUGGAGGGAAAACCGCUUUUCCCCGGAAAGGACCAUGUCAAUCAGUUCUCCAUCAUCACCGAGCUCCUUGGGACUCCUCCGGACGACGUCAUUCGGGGCAUCUGCAGCGAAAACACCUUGCGAUUUGUGAAGUCGUUGCCCAAACGGGAACGUCAACCACUCGCCAACAAAUUCAAGAAUGCCGAUCCGGAUGCGAUUGAUCUCCUUGAGCGCAUGCUGGUUUUCGACUCGAAGAAGCGUAUCCGAGCCGGCGAGGCGCUUGCGCACGAGUAUCUUGCUCCCUACCAUGACCCUACCGACGAGCCGGAAGCCCAAGAAAAGUUCGAUUGGUCAUUCAACGACGCCGAUCUCCCCGUGGACACCUGGAAGAUUAUGAUGUACUCGGAAAUUCUCGACUUCCAUAAUAUCGAGCAGGCCAAUGAGGGCGAAGUUCUCGUGGAGGGAGCUGGAACCGCUCCCCAGGGCUUCGCCUAA